AUGACGACUUCGUAUCACCCGCAGGCUAAUGGAAUCGUUGAGCGAUUUCAUCGGACGUUGAAAGCAGCAAUAAAUUGUAACGACUCCAAUCGAUGGGUACAACGACUCCCACUGAUACUACUUGGCCUUCGUGCGACCCUUAAAGAAGAUUUGAAAGCCACCCCAGCAGAGCUGGUGUAUGGAACGUCACUCAGGCUACCAGCAGAUUUACUGGCUCCAACGAUCGUGAAUCAGUCGCAAUGCGAGUUCGUUAAAGACCUUCGACGUAUGAUGCGCCAAAUCAAACCUCAGCAGACGGCCUGGCACACCGAGCAGCAGCCAUUCGUUCACCAAGAUCUAAAGUCAUCAACUCAUGUGUUUGUUCGCAAUGACUCUGUCAAAGCAUCAAUCGUUCCGCCUUACGAGGGACCCUAUAAAGUACUUGGGCGCAGCGACAAAUACUUCACCCUUGACAUCCGAGGUAAGCAAAUAAAACUGUCUAUAGACCGUCUAAAGCCAGCGUAUCUUGAAGCCGAUGAGGACACCGGCACCGGCGGAGCUCAAGAACCUUCAAGUUCAUCAUCUCCUUCUCCAGAACCGCCACAAAUAAUAACAACUCAGCCUUACCACACCUCUAGAGGCUGCUGUGUCCGGAUUCCAGGGCGUUAUACCUAA